GCCCUAUUAAUUUUGUGUCUUCACAGGUGCAAAAUUAAUAAAGACUGAAAGACUCACCCUCAGAUUACAUUAACUAAGCCCAUAAAUGAAUUUGAUUGGGCUAAGUCCAGUGAAGCCCAAUCGACGACGACCGCGAGCUAAAGAAGUGACGGCGGCGGCUGGCGGCAGAGUGCCGAAAAAUGAGCGGAAGAAGCAGGAAGUUCUCGUGCAAGACAGCGAGCGAAACCUUAGAAUGGAUUCACGCGAUCAUUGACUUCAUUACGCCAUACAGAUUCUUAGUCGAUGCUCACGUUGUCAAUUUCUUCAUAGAUAAACUCUGGGAAGCCGUCGACAAUGACUGGAUGGAUUGCCUCCGCAACGAACCAGUCGAAAAUCUCCUCCGCAUUCCUUCCGGCGUUUUUCAGGAUCACUGGCCAGCUUCAUUGAAAGAAUUUGUGCUCACUUUAAAGACCCUUUCUUUUCCCCGCGGACAAGCCAAUUUGCAGGAGGAAUUUCCAGGUCUUCGUGUGACUUCGUUGAACAGUGUUCUGGCGCAAGGCAUGAAUCGUAAGAAAAAGCAUGAAAUUGAAUCUCUUGCUGCUAUAGUCAGUUUCAUCUCGAAGCAAGUUGGAUCCAACACUGUAGUGGAUGUUGGCGCAGGGCAGGGUUAUCUUGCACAAGUGCUUUCCUUCCAGUACGAGCUUUCUGUAUUUGCAAUCGAUGCUUGUUUGCAUCAUGGUAAAAUUACUGAUGCACGGGCUGAGCGGAUCAGAAAACAUUAUGCUGCUAAGAUGCGCAAAUCAGGAUCAAAAGACAGGGAAUUGUGUGUACCCCAAACAGUUACAUGUCGUGUCCUUUCUUCUAACUCACUGAAAACUUUGAAUAAUUCUUUAAGUGAAAAAGACAAUAUUCAGCCACCCAACAUAAACAUAAAUGGAGACGAGGUACAUUGCACCAAAGGACCUGAUGAGUCUGAUGCAAGUUGCAAUUCUUCGUUGGUUCUUGCUGGACUUCAUGCCUGUGGUGAUCUUUCAGUAACAAUGCUAAGGACAUUCUUAGAGUGUGACAAGGUUAGAUCAGUCGUUAGCAUUGGAUGUUGUUAUAAUCUAUUGUCCGAGGGCAGCAAUGAUGUAAUAUCUUCUCUAUGUGGUUUCCCAAUGAGUGAUGGCGUUAAAACUACUGGCUUAGAGUUAGGGAGAAAUGCCCGUGAUCUUGCCUGUCAGAGUGCUGAGAGGUGGGGGAGUCUGGGGGAGGAUGCUGGCCUUCACAAUUUUGAACUGCACGCUUUUCGUGCGGCUUUCCAAAUGGUUCUUGCUCGGCAUAAUCCUGAAUCGUUGACAAAAAGUCCCUCCAUUGGCCGUCAGGGAAAAGCUUUGCGCCGCCAACAAAAUCAGAAGAUACUGGAGUCCAGUCUGGGUAAAGAAAGCUGUAUCAUUUUUCUUUUUAGUCCAGUCCUUCAGAUUUUGCCAGAUCAGGUUUCCUUGAGUAAUAAAAAGUGAUGAACAUUUUUGUAAUAAAUGCUUUCUGUUUUACUUGAUACCUUAUGAUCUGGUUUUGUAGGUUCAUCCUCAGGUACGGAUGCCUAUUUCGCUGAAUCUUCUUUUCGGGACUGCUCGGUUGAAAAGGGUGGUUCUGUGGAUAGAUUCUCACUAUUUGUGAAAUUCUGCUGCUCGGGAUUUAAGCGGCUUGGUCUAGAUCAGUUGCAGGAUAUCGAUUUUCAUGAGUUAUGGGCAGAAACUGAACCAUUCACUGUAAGUUAAAUAUUGUUCGUUGUAUGCAAGAGUUGCUUACACUUAGUUGAACGUUGAAUUUUUACUUCACUGUGUAGACUGCAGAAUUCAUUUAUUUUAAGCCCUCAGUAAUUCUAUGGCACACAUUUGAAGUUGUAUACUCUGAUCUCAUGGGCUCUGUCUUGAUUUCUCGUACACAUUGCAUGGAUCAUUUGGAAAGCUGUUUUGACCAUAUAGGCAUGUAUGAGAACUUCAAUUUGUGAACGCCAUUUAGCAUCCUGAUAACAUAGCCAUGACCGAGACUUUAAUCUUGCUGUAGUAUAAGAUUUUCUGUUGAACUUUGGCUCUAUGUGCAGGGAUGGAUAGGGCCUUACUGGACUCUUCGCGCCGCUUUGGGACCUGUUUUGGAAACUCUCAUUUUACUUGACAGGCUAUUAUUCCUCCAGGAGCAAGGUAGUGUUGUGGAAGCUGCCAUGCUACCGAUAUUUGACCCAGUAUUAUCUCCAAGGAAUGUGGCUUUAAUUGCUAAGAAGAUUUGAAAGCUGUAUACCUCUCUGUGUGGGAGUCAAACUUGGCAUUUCAAUUUAUCAUUUGUACCGGAUACCUACACCUGAGUUCCGAACCUUAAAGUUGUUUACUUUCCUACAUUUCGUCAUCGAUCUUGCGGUAGUGAUAGGUACAUCAUUUUGAACUUCAAAAGAGCAGUUUCUUUAAUGUGGAAAUGUACUGAACAAUUUUUCGCCUUUUAAAGUUUAGGAAGUUUGCGGUUGCUGUAAAGGUUGACUGACUGAAAUCUUUGUAGCGACAACGUUAUCUACUUAUCCAUUCAUUUUGACAAUGAGAAAAUUAGCCCUAAACGAUGCAUUAACCCGUGUUAUUAUGUGAACC